GGCGGCGGCGGCGGCGGCGGCAGCAGCGGCGUCUCGUGCUCGGCCCGGGCCCCGGAUCGCGCUCGGCCCCCGGCUCCCGACCCGCGCCCCCCGCGCCCGCGCUCGGCCCCGCGGAGCAGCGGCCAUGCCGCCGCGGCGCAGCAUCGUGGAGGUGAAGGUGCUGGACGUGCAGAAGCGGCGGGUGCCCAACAAGCACUAUGUCUACAUCAUCCGGGUCACGUGGUCCAGCGGCUCCACGGAGGCCAUCUACCGGCGCUACAGCAAGUUCUUCGACCUCCAGAUGCAGAUGUUGGACAAGUUCCCCACGGAAGGCGGCCAGAAGGACCCCAAACAGCGGAUCAUCCCCUUUCUGCCCGGCAAGAUUCUCUUCCGGCGGAGCCACAUCCGAGACGUGGCCGUCAAGCGCCUGAUCCCCAUCGACGAGUACUGCAAGGCACUGAUCCAGCUGCCCCCCUACAUCUCCCAGUGUGACGAGGUGCUGCAGUUCUUUGAGACGAGACCUGAGGACCUGAAUCCCCCCAAAGAGGAGCAUGCCGGGAAAAAGAAAUCUGGGAGUGACGCGGCCUCGGCGGACCCCAUGGUCCUGGAGCAGUACGUCGUGGUGGCGGACUACCAGAAGCAGGAGAGCUCGGAGAUCAGCCUCAGUGUGGGGCAGGUGGUGGACAUCAUCGAGAAGAAUGAGUCAGGUUGGUGGUUCGUCAGCACCGCUGAAGAGCAAGGCUGGGUGCCCGCGACCUGCCUGGAAGGGCAGGACGGUGGGCAGGACGAGUUUUCCCUGCAGCCUGAGGAAGAGGAGAAGUACACAGUCAUCUACCCGUACACGGCUCGUGACCAGGAUGAGAUGAACCUGGACAGAGGGGCCGUGGUGGAGGUCAUCCAGAAAAACCUCGAAGGCUGGUGGAAGAUCAGGUACCAGGGCAAAGAGGGCUGGGCCCCAGCCUCGUACCUGAAGAAGAGCAGUGGGGAGCCCUUACCCCCGAAGCUGGGCCCCGGCUCGUCUGCCCACGUGGGCGUCCUUGACCUGGAUGGCGUUUCCCGGCCGCAGAACUCGGUGGGCAGGGAGAAGGAGUCGCUCAGCAACCAGAGGGAGGGCCGGUUUGAAGGCCGCCCGGUGCCAGACGGCGACGUCAAGCCGAGAUCACCCAAGAUGAGGCAGAGACCCCCUCCUCGCCGGGAUAUGACCAUACCUCGGGGUCUGAACCUGCCCAAGCCCCCCAUCCCACCCCAGGUGGAGGAAGAGUACUACACCAUUGCCGAAUUCCAGACCACCAUCCCCGACGGCAUCAGCUUCCAGGCGGGCCUGAAGGUCGAGGUGAUCGAGAAGAACUUGAGCGGCUGGUGGUACAUUCAGAUCGAAGACAAGGAAGGGUGGGCCCCGGCCACCUUCAUUGACAAGUACAAGAAGACCAGCAAUGCCUCGAGACCCAACUUCCUGGCUCCCUUGCCCAACGAGGUGACCCAGCUCCGGCUGGGGGACGCAGCAGCGAUGGAGGGCACCACGGGCGGCGAGGCCAGCGGUCCCUCUCGGCCCCUGCCCGAUGCACCGCUCGGUGCCGCAGACCCUGGGAUACCCUGGUCCAAAGACUGGAAGGGAGGCAAGGAGGGCCCGAGAAAGGGGUCUUCGGACGCGUUGUGUGCGGGCUACGAGGAGAUCUCGGAGCGUGAGCAGGAGGAGAAGCCCAGCCUGCCUCCCCGGAAAGAGUCCAUCCUCAAGUCCGAGGGGGAGCUGCAGGAGCGGGAGCGGCAGAGGGUGGAGCAGCUGCGGGGCUCCUCGCCCAAGCCCCCCGGCGUGAUGCUGCCAAUGAUACCAGCCAAACACAGCCCCCCGGCCCGGGACGGCAGGAGGCCAGAGCCCAGACCCGACAGGGGCAAGCUGUUCCAGCUGAAAAACGAGAUGGGGCUGGAGUGUGGCCACAAGGUCUUGGCCAAGGAGGUGAAGAAGCCCAACCUCCGGCCCAUCUCCAAGGCCAAGGCUGACCCACCGGAGGAGAAGCCGGAAGCCGUGCCCCAGAACCCCUUCUUCAAGUCCAAACCUCAGGUCAGGCCCAAGCCGGCUGCUUCCCCCAGGACAGAGCCACCUCAGGGCGAAGACCAAGUGGACCUCUGCCACCUCAGGAGCAAGCUCAGGCCUGCCAAGUCCCAAGACAAGCCCUCGCUGGAUGGAGAGAGCAGCCACCAGGCCGGCGGGGGCCAGGACGUGGCCGGUGGCCGCAGCUUCCUCCCGGGGGAGGGGCCUGGCCGGGCACAGGACCAGACAGGCAAGCCGGAGGGGCUCGGCCCCAAGGAGACGCCCUGCAGAGCCCCUCCGAGGCCAGCCAAGACCACGGAUUCUGUGCCCAAGAACGCACCUGUGCCUCUCCGAGAUGGCCCCCAGCCGCAGAGACCCAUGAUCCCGCCCCGCAGACCACCGCCCCCCAAGAAAACCUCCGAGUCCAGGCCGCUCCCCGAGGCCCGAGGGCCGCAGCCGCAGCGGGAGGCUAGCGAAGGCCGGGCAGUCCCUGUCCCAGGCCGUGCCCUGCUGGUCCCUCCAAAAGCCAAACCUUUCCUUGCCAACUCCUCAGGGGGCCAAGACGACAAUCCAGGCAAAGGUGGGCUGGGGCCGCGGAUGGUGGGCAAGAUGGGAGAAAACAGGGAGAGGGUGGCCGCAGCCCCCCUCCCCAGCGCCGACAGCCCGAAGGACCUGUACGUGGCCGUGGCCAACUUCGAGGGUGAUGAAGACACAAGCAGCUUCCGGGAGGGGACGGUGUUCGAGGUCCGAGAGAAGAACAGUAGCGGCUGGUGGUUCUGCCACGUCCUCAGCGGGGCGCCCUCCUGGGAGGGGUGGAUUCCUUCCAACUAUCUCAGAAAGAAGCCCUAGCCGCCUCUUCCUCCCCCCGCUGCCGGGAGGGGGGCCUGCGUGUCCUUGCUGGUUUUGCCCACAUAUUUAAUAUGCCUCUUAAUUUAUCAUUCUCCACGCAGCUUCGGAGGAAGGAAGGCCCGGGAGAACUAUGGUUUCUUCCCUCCCCUGGGCAGGUCAGCCCUCCCCCCACGGCAGCCCCUGGGGGCUCUCAGAGGCUGCACGCUUGCUCUCUCUCCACCCACCGCCCCUGCCUGAAGGCCAGUGGCAUUGCCACCAAGCUCCUCUGCCCCCCCCAGCAGCGCCACUGGGACUCUCCAAGGCCUCCAGGACCAGACCCCCCCCAUCUGGAGACACCACAGAAAGGGUUUCUCGUUGCUUGGACCCAGCGAAGGAAGGGGCAGCCCCCGCAGUCUGGGACAGCUGACUCCAGCUCCUCCACGUGCUGAAAAGCCCAGCGACGUUCUGUUCACCCAGUUUCCAAAAUGCUUGG